AUGUCGAGUGUUCCUUCCUUCGACGCGCGAGGGAGCAAGAUUCCGUCGUCUUCCAACGCGGAGACGACCUCAUUCCCAGCCAGCAGUCCAGGCGGGCACGCGCACGCGUUUUCAAUCAAAGAGCCUGCCGCGAGCACCUGCCAAGUUAUCCCAAGAGUGUCAUAUGAAAAAUCCGAACUUGUAGCUCCCCGCAAUAUUCCCGAAGCCUCCCAACCUUCUCCCAAACCACCAACAUCUGGCAGUCAACCAGCCCUCGAGUUUGCGCGCGAGACAUCCUCGCGCCCACGCCUACCAGUGCUUCUGCCUUCCUGUCCUCAGGACACCACCAUCACCGCGCCCACGCGCGAGACUACAACCCAGGCCACCCAAGCCACUCCUCGGGACACCCAGGACCCCUGGGUACCAUGGACCACGAGGGCGAGCACGCGAGGAUGA